UUGGUUUUCACCUCGGUUUCAUCAAUUCUCACUCAAAAAUCGGAACUUUAUCAAAAUCAUCAUUUUCUCCCUCCCAAAAUUCAACGAAAAUGGCCUUAAACCUCAAGGCUCCAAUCCACCACUCUUGUUCUUUGGCUCCUGCUCCUCAACAGCCUCAUGUGUUUUCCGCAAAGCCUUCUUCAGUCUCCUUCCCACACUCUCCUUCUCUCCCAGGCUUUGCAAUUGGAAACCAGAUAGCUUUUGAGAGGAAGGAGCGUUUAUUGGUUGUUGAAACGGCAGCUGUGAGACAAUUGACUGGGUCGUUGAUCAGAAGUGAAGGGCUACGCUUCGCUGUGGUUGUGGCACGGUUUAAUGAGAUAGUGACAAAGUCAUUGUUGGAAGGGGCUUUAGAGACAUUCAGAAAAUAUUCAGUCAAAGAGGAAGAUAUUGAUGUUGUAUGGGUUCCUGGCAGUUUUGAAAUUGGUAUUGUUGCAGAAAGGUUGGGGAAGUCUGGAAAAUAUAAUGCAGUAUUAUGUAUUGGAGCUGUGAUAAGAGGUGAUACUUCCCACUAUGAUGCUGUGGCAAAUUCUGCUGCGUCAGGAGUACUUUCAGCUGGCCUGAAUUCAGGUGUUCCAUGCAUAUUUGGGGUCCUGACUUGUGAAAACAUGGAGCAGGCUUUAGACCGUGCUGGUGGCAAAGCUGGUAAUAAGGGUGCAGAGGCUGCUUUGGCUGCCAUUGAAAUGGCAUCUUUGUUUGAGCACCAUCUGAAUUAAGGAUUAUCCAAAGAAGAGUCUGAUGCCAUCCAUUUUCCCUUUUUUUUUUUCCUUUUCUGGACAUGCUUGUUUUUGUUGUUGAUUUUGUAUCCAGAGUCUCUAAAAUCUCUAUAGAGUUCUUUUAGAAUUUCAUAAGAAGGGUAGCUAUAGCCUUUCCAAAUUGGUUAAACUAAAUCUUAAUUGCUUGUUACCCAAAAAUUUGUUCCUGUGCUACACUGCCGGUGAAAGACGAUGUCUUUGGUUUGUGUAUGUUUUUCAGGCCAAAUUGUUGAGAAUAUCACCUUUGAAAUUAGCAUGUUGCCAUCCGGCGCCAACCAAUGGUAGCUUGUGCACAUAGUUUUGAUUA